UUUAUCUCUAUGCAAGUAAGCAGCCUCAGAUGGAUCCUAUACUUCUGAGAUUACUAUUACGAUGAUUACAAUGAUUCGAUCUAAAAAACUGAUUGUCGAGUUGUAAACUAUGAAUUUCCUGAAUAAUUAAUAACAGAUUGACCUCUUUUUUUUUAACCUUUCAUUUAUCCACGGUGAACAGGGUCUAAAUCUGGCUGAAUGAAAUCAUGGUUUUGGAAAGAAGUAACGAUGAUUUAAAUAAACGAUUUUUUUUUAAGAACGCAAAUUUUCGGAGGGAAUCGCGUAUAAUUAAUUAUUUAAAUAAAAAAAAAAUGUGGAAAUCACUGAAGCAAAUAAUCGCUCAAGAGAUAGUAUUACAAUGGCAACUUCAUUCUACCAUACAUUAUAGCUGGAUAAGUAUGGUAGCCCUCAAAAAACCCGUCAUCAAGUAUUCUGAUUUCUCUGGCUUGUCA